AUGCGCGGUUACAACCGCACGGGCGAGUGGCCAGAGCCCAUUCUCACCAGCCCUGCCCCGCAGCGGCGUGAAGAAAAUUCUGAAGUUUAUGCAUGUGAAGGCGAUGCCAGCCGCGCCACUGGCACGUCGGUCGCCACUGUCACCACGUCUCUCGCCGCGGUGGAGCUCUGCGACGAGGACGUGGCAAUGCGCUGCUCUGCUCAAAGCGAUGCUGGCUCUGCUGCCGACCCUGAGUGGGAGGCAGUGCUGGCGCAGCUGCUAGCAGAGGAAGCAGAGGAAGAGGAGCUCUGCUGCCGCUUCGAGCGCCGUGGUGACGACUCCGACGACGGGUGGGACAACUACAGUGAGGAGGAGGAGGAGGAUGCUGUGCAGGGUGUGGCUGGGAAGGUGGACGAGUCGCUCGAGCGUCGGGACGAGCGGGCUUGCGCCACUGGGCUCGAACCACGCCUGCACCUUGGUCUUGACCGCGCGGACGCCGCCGUCCUUAUGCAGGCUGGCCCAGCCGUACUGUUCCGAGCCGCCGAGGUCGAGGCGGAGAAGCGCGCCAAGGGCAAGAAGGGCAAGAAGAAGAAGAAAAAAGGCGGCGGGAGCGGCGGGGCUGGGCCGUCGCAGGAGUCCGAGGCGCCGGCGGAGGCAGCCGCAGCCAAGCCCGCGCCGUUGGACAGGGAGGGGCUGCUCAAGCUUCUCGCGGAGCUCCACGAGGACAGGAUUCGGUUCGGCAUCACGCCGGAGACGUCGGGCCAGGGCGCGGGAGGCGGCCUAGCCCGCGCGCAAGGACAGCUGGCGCAGUGGUAG